CUUGUACUCGAAACAAGAAAAAACCAUUUCAUGCGGCAUUUCACUUAUCAUUCCUAUGGCUGUGCAGCAGAUUUCUACAUUGAAACUAUCAAAUUUAAUUGAUAUCUGUAGCUAGUUACUAUCAGGGGCAUCAAGAUGAAUCAUACAGAACCGGGGAUCCCCACGGCGAACGCCGAAGCAACGUUUCUGGUGAUGAAUGAAACUCGCAGCAGUAAACGACUAGCGAGAAAAGAACUUCAGUUAUCAAUCCACGAAUGCUUCCAACAAGCCUUGGACGGAUCAAUUGAUAAUGGUUUGGAAAAAUUUCGCUCCGUACUGGAGGAUCCGAGGAUCGAAGUGCUUAGGAAUCUAAUCGAAGAGAUGAAGUACUGGGACACUCAAACUACCAUUCCGGAGCCAAAAACCUUCUUGUUUAAUUCUAAGCUACAGUCGAUCUUGGAUAAGAUGCUGCAAGAUACUAUCAGGUACCAACCGUUCCUAGAGCAGUUUAUAAAUCGUUUCGAUUGUGCGAAUGAGCGAGUUCACCCAAACUUGAACGUUCCACUGCACUACGCCGUUGAACAGUUGAACGUCAAGUUCAUCGAAUGGCUGCUAGAGCAGCCAGACUUAAUCGUAAACUGCCGGAAUAAACAGCGUAAGACAGCUCUCUUCCUGUUGUGUGAGCAGUAUGACGCCCUCAUGAACAGCCCUAAACUCAAGAAAAGAUCAUCACAGGCUAGGGCAAUAGCUCCACAAGCCCAAGACAUCCGGAAGGUCAUAUUGAUGCUACUGAAGAAAAAGGCCGACUUCAACAUCUGCAGUGAUCGACUACUGUUGCCAUUUGAGCUCCUGUUGCGGAACAAGUCGGAAGAGAACAAACGAUUUCUGAAGGAGUGCGUGGAACAUUUCAACAGUGCCAUUGUGAUUAGUAAAACCAACGAGUUGAAAAAACGAGUCGUCUGCUUCUACCUAAACGCGGUGCCGGAAUGUGUGACUAUAGAACUGUUAGAAAUUUAUUUGCGUUUUGGAGAGGAAGAUAACUUCGCCCAGCAAUUGGAGAGACUAGACAUUCGAGCAGAGGAUGUUUCCAACAUUAUAAAGUAUCUGUUACAUAUCGCAGUUGAACUUGAUUUGGAGAAAAGCGUUAAAAAGAUGGUGGAAUAUGCGGGAAAGAAGAUUUUCCAAAUAGUGAAGCCAGCUAAAAACCCUCGAACUAGAGUUUGCUUUCCUGAUAACGAUGAGGAAGACGUUAAGGGAUCUCAACUGCAAUAUCGAAUUGAGUUGAAAGGUCUGUUGAAAAAAGCCUGCGAAAAAGGGAAUGUUAACACAUUGAGCCUUCUGUUAAGCAACAUAACCGACAGACUUCUUAUCAACGAUGAUCCGCUUCUAGUUAUCACUUUGAAUCGAGCAAACGAACUACGCAAUCGUUAUGAAGAGAGAGCAAGAGUGCUGCAGUGUGCUGACCUACUUUCUAGGGACCAAAAAAUUCACCUCACUCGAACCGACAACAAUGGUAACACCGGCCUUCAUAGUGCCUUGAAGUUCGGUUUCACCGAUAUUGCUCUAGAGUUAUUGCAGCAAAAGUACGCCUUUCUAGGCGCUCGCAACAAGGACGGUCUGACGCCCCUACAUUAUGCACGCUACGAUUUUUGGAAAAUGUAUUUUGACCAGUGUGUAACAAUUGACGUUAAACGAUCGUACUACGAUCGAAACGAGAUCCGAUUUAAUUUGAACGGUUUCGAUCCGUACAUCUUUAAGAAACGAACCGAUAAAAACAAUAACCCUAAGGAUCGCAAUAAGCCAAACUUGUGGCGAAUCGUGGAAAAAGCUUCUGUAUCAAACAUGAUGCAAAAACAGGAACCUACAUUCGUUACUGAGAUGGAUCCAAUCAAAAUCAUCGCUAAAUCAAAAGAUCUCAAGCCCUUACUUAUUCAUCCCGUUAUCUACUCUUUCAUCGUAGUGAAAUGGCUCAGACUGACCAAAUGGAGUUACCUCAAUCUGCUCUGUACGCUACUCACCGUAUGUAGUUUCAGCUUACACUCCCUGGACGCCUGCAAUGGCGGCGAUUACUCGAUUCUUCUAACCAUUUUCACCCUUAUUGGUGCAAUUUACAUGAUAGUUCGCGAAAUUCUACAAGCCAUGUUUCUCGGUCUCAACUAUUUUUCCUCUUUGGAAAAUUUUUUAGAUAUGGCCACUAUUAUAUCAAUGCUCAUCGUUCUCUCCGAAGGCUGUAACUCAAUUCUAUCGUCCCUAACCAUCGUUGCAUUUGCCAUGCAGCUCACCGUUCUCAUUGGAUCUCUUCCCUUCAACAGCCUGUCGACCUACAUGUACAUGUUCAAGACCGUGUCAGUUAACUUCCUAAAAAGUUUUCUUCUUUUCAUCCCACUACUAGCUGCCUUUACAUUGAGCUUCUUUCUCUCGUAUAACGAUCAAACAUUCGCAGGCCCGACUAAGGCCAAUGCAUCCGAUGACGAUAACAGUUUCAAUCAAUUCAAAACGUUCUCAAGCGCGGCCCUGAAAACGCUGGUCAUGACCACCGGCGAAUACGAAGCGGCUGCCGUAGACUUCAGCGGAGGUAAAAUGUUUCUUUUUGUACUGUUCAUCUUCUUCGCACCGAUAGUUAUUCUCAACCUGAUAAACGGCUUGGCCGUCAGCGACAUCACCGCCAUCAAACAGGAAUCUGAACUGAUCAGCAUCAGCAAGAAAGUUUUGAUUCUCGAACGGUACGAACGUGGCUUGCGAAACCUACCGUUCGAUUUCAUCCGGAAGUGGUUUCCAAGCCCUUUUUUUGAAAACCACUCGUACGUGAUAGCAGUGAAACCGAAGGAAUUCCGGAAGAUUGUAGUGCAGCGCAUUGCCAAACCAGAAGGUGGCUUCAGUAAACUUCCCAAGGGUGAGUGGGUGGUAGUUCCGAAUCUGCCCUGCCGGUGGUUUGUACGAGGAACCGAGGGAUACUACGUAAACCUAAAGCUUUUGAAAUUUCCCUUGUUUUCGACGCUCGAUGAACACAUUAUGGACGAAGCACUGCGAAUCGCUGACCAGAGCAUUAUAGUGAAAGAAAUCGUGGACAGCCGAAGAUUCGAAAUGACACCAGUAGCGAAUGAGACGCUGGAAACAGAAGUGAAAUUCCAAGAGCUCAAGAUGGAGAUGGCAAAAAUUACUCGGCUUUUGAAUAAGCUUGUAACGGAAAAAAGUUUCUCCAAGAGAAUAAAAUCCAGGGAAACCUCCCAAACUGAUCUAGCCGGAUUUGCGGUACCGGGAAGUCUAGUUCGUAGAAGAGUUUUAAGGAGAAAAAAUGUACGAGAGAGAAACGAUGGCUCAGAAUCACAACCAGAAUUGUUAAGAACGGUGCAUGUUGUGGGUGCAGCAAAAAAAUUUAAAAAAUAUCGGAAAACUAAAUGAUACCGAAGUGUAAUCCGAAUCUAUACUCCACUUGUUUCCAGUUCAAAAACAUUACAAUACAUAGUUAAAAUUUUAUUGUACAUAAAAUUCUUAAAUAUUAGUAGUUAA